AUGAUGUCAUAAGGCUGCGUCGCGCUUCUGCAUCUGUGUUUCUGCUGAAGAAAGAAAAACUGCUGAAGCCCCUGAGAUCCACAUGACACAGUGUUAUAAAGAUGGCGUCUAUUAAAGACGAGAGUGAAGAUGUGAAGAUUGAAGUCAAACAUGAAGAUACUGAGGAACAAACAAAAAUGGCAUUUAUUGCAGAGGAGAGUGAAGACAUGAAAAAUGAAGAAACAUUCAGAGCCAAACAUGAACAUACUGAGGAACAAACAGACCUGAUGCCACUGAAAGAGGAGAGUCAAGAACUGAAUGAAAUGGAAGAGAAAAAUCAGGAGGAGAAAUGCAAUGAUUUCAUGACUGGGGAAGAACCUUCUAGUUCCUCACAGACUCAUAAAACAGAAACUAGUAGGAACCCUACAGUCCAAAAGAAUUCUGACACCGGAGAGAGACCUUUCACCUGUGAACACUGUGGGAAGAGUUUUGCACUAAAAGGAAAUCUUAAUCUUCACAUGAAAAUUCACACCGGUGAGAGACCUUUCAACUGUCCUCAGUGCGGGAAGAGCUUUGCACUAAAAGGAAAUCUUAAAAUUCACUUGAAAAUCCACACUGGAGAGAAGCCGUACUCCUGCCAACAGUGUGGGAAGAGCUUUUCAAUAAAAGGGAAUCUUAACCUUCACAUGCGAAUUCACACGAAAGAGAGCCAAUUCACCUGCCAACAGUGUGGAAAAAGUUUCAGUGAAAAAGAGAGCCUUAAAAUCCACUUAAAAACCCAUGCUGAAGAGAAGACCUUCCUUUGCCCUCAGUGUGGAAAGAGUUUUAAACAGAAAAAAAACCUUUAUGUUCACAUGAGAGCUCACACCGGAGAGAAACCUCACACCUGCAAACUGUGUGGGAAGAGCUUCACACGAAAAGAUGGUUUUAAGACUCAUAUGACAAUUCACAAGGGAGAGAAGCCGUUUAAUUGUAGUGAGUGUGGAAAGAGUUUCAGAUAUAAAAGAAACCUUACGCAUCACAUGAAGAUUCACUCUGGAGAGAAAUGCUUCAGAUGUCCUCCGUGUAAAACAAGUUUCGCUGACAGGAAUGACCUCAAGAAUCAUGUAAAAACUCAUGUCAUAAAGAAGCCUCACACAUGCCAUCACUGUCAAAAGAGUUUCGCACAAAGACCAAAGCUGGAGGAUCACAUGAGAAUUCACACCGGAGAGAAACCUUUCACCUGCCCUCAGUGUGGAAAGAGCUUCACAAACAAAGGAAACCUUAGGAGUCACAUUAGAGUUCACACUGGAGAGAAACCUUACAAGUGUAAUCAGUGUGAAAACAGUUUCAGACAUCACACAGACCUGAAACGGCACAGGCAAACUCAUUCUGAGCAGAAAGUGCUGAUUUUUGUCACUGUGAGAAGAGGUUUAGAAAAAGGAGGCAGUAGUAACACUGGACCUCAAUCAUGAAACCUGCCUAAAUAUAUGAGUAAGAUGCACAUAAAACAGACCUUCCCAAAAACUCUCCUCCGGACUCACAAACGCUUUGUAAAUGUAAUGAUCAUUAAACAUUUUAAUGAAUUCCAAUCAUUUGUAAAUGGUUCACUAGUGCACACUCAUUCACAAUUAACAUAAUCCUGCCUAUGAAUUACAGCUAUGCAAAUUUUUCAGGUUUGGCUCUAGUAUAUUGCACAGAUCCAAAAAAAUUAUUAGGCCAUAUGCCUAACAAUAAAUAUUCAAUAACGUGUGUUGACCAAAGAGUUUUUAGCCGGCUGAAAAAAUUGCUUGAGAACGCUUUAGUGGCACAGUGUGUUUUUCCAGCCGAGAAGCUUAGGUUGCAUUGUUGUAGGAUGGUCAGUCAGUUUUUGUCUCGCCCCUCCUUUAUUUACGGCUGGGUAAAUAGUGACGUGACGAGCGCUGCGCUUUACAGUUAUCAACUCAACAAUAAUAAAAAGUCAGUGACAAAUGAACUUUUAUUUAUAGCAGUGCUACAAAUUUCAGUGUCAUCAGUUUGCUAAUUUUCAUGAAUUCAAACGUUUACAUCAGAAUGGCUUUACGAACGAUUUACACAAUUUAUUUUGCUUGUUUCAUUCCUUUUUAUUCUUCAUGUUCUCUGCUAUAGUUUCAAAUAUUAAGACACCCUUUAAUUUAGACCAGGGGAUGGCAAAACAGAGAAAACUGCAUACCAGUGUUAGUUUUGAGGUUCUUCUGCACAAUCUGACCUGUGCUGCAGCUUGGAAUUAAACUGCUGCUUCAUCUGGUCAGAGGAGAACUGACCCCCCGACUGAGCCUGGUUUCUCCCAAGGUUUUUUUUCUCAAUUUCUGUCACCGAUGGAGUUUUUUUCCUUGCCGCUGUCACCCUUGGCUUGCUUAGUUGGGGACACUUCAUUUCCAGUGAUAUCGUGAUAUUGUGUAUUUGAACUGAACUGAGUUGGAUGAUGACAUCACUGAAUUCAAUAAUGAACUUGACAUUCAGUAUUUACUGUUGCCCUUUUUGCAUUAUUGACACAAUAUUUCCUACUUAAUACUGUAAAGCUGUAUUGUUAAAAGCGCUGUAUAAAUAAAGGUGACUUGACUUGACUUGA